AUGUCUCCUAGGCCUCCACCACAACCUCCUCCACCACCCCUUACUCAUCUUCGCCAAAUCUUGACUCCUGAGCGAUCUGAGGCCGCAUCAAGUCGUUCUCAUAGUAGACCUGUGCCGCCCUUGCUCCCUCCACCCCCACUACCACGGACCUCCCCGAAUGUCCCGCCGGUUAAAACUACGGAAGGGUACUCGUAUGCUUCACAUCCUUCUUAUCGACCCUUCCCCCCUCCACCUCCUCCAAGGUCUCUUCCUUCUCACGCUGCUGGUUCGCCUUCUAGAGUGCGGACUAACCUUGCUCCACCCUUGCCAAUACAUCGACGGCCGCCGGUUCCAUAUCUUCCAGAAGCGCCCUACCAUUUUAAUCCCGAUGUGGGUCGCAUUAUAGCCCAGCCGGAGCCGUAUGCAAUAGAGUUGGAGCAAGGUAGAAGACGGUCCAUACCGCCACCACCUCUAUACCCUUUAAGUGAAGGGACAGCUGUGUCGCCAGAAUCCGAUUUCGCUGCGCCACGCUAUGUUCAGCCAAUAGGACAUCUUGCAGGACAGUCCAGAUCGCCCAGAGACCGUAGACUAUCUAAUACACCAUUGUCACAAUCCCCAGGCCCAAGCUAUACAACAGGAAACAAGAGAACCUUUGAAGAAACUCUUUCACCAGCACAUAAGCCAGUCAGUCUUCAGAAUACCCCACGAGGAAGCUUUUCAAGUGAGCUUGAGCUGCUACGCAGUAUUCUCCCGCCUCGCCCAAUGUCCGAUAACCUUCAACUUAUUGUAAGGCAACAACCAGUCGCAGCUAGAGCGUGCGGUUUUGGUGAAAGAGACCGUCGUGUUAUCGAUCCACCACCGAUCGUUCAAUUGGUCGCCUCUGACCCUUCAAACCCGUCGAGCGAAUCCGACGUGAGGUACCCUUUCAACGUUGUCCACUGCACAUUAUGGAAUGUAGCAGGAACAGCAGACGAAACUGCACUCGAGCAGCAGGACAAACGGCUUACAAGACGGCUCAUGGGAACGCUCGUGGCGUCGCCUUUCAUCGGGCAGGACGAAAAUACCGAAGACGGGACGUUCUUUUGCUUCCCAGACCUCUCAUGCCGCACACACGGCAAAUUUCGACUGAAAUUUGUGUUGAUGUGCAUAGACCCAAUGGGACAACAAGCCAGCUUCACACCUGUUACCACUGAAGUGAUGAGUGAUGUGUUUACGGUCUACACUGCGAAGGAAUUCCCAGGAAUGAGGCCAAGUACGGGGCUGACUAAAGCGCUUAAGCAACAAGGAUGCGCGAUAUCCGUGAAGAAAGGGAAUGAGAAAGCUAGCCAGGCCUCACCACAGGAGGAAGAUGAGGAGAAAAGUGGUGAGGGUGAUGAUUCCGACCAGGAUACGGCUUCACGCGGAAAGCGUCGCAGGAAGGCAUAA